AAUCUGUCGUGUUCGUCUCAUGUAGCCAAUCAGCGGUUAGUUACUAAGAGUCGCGGUGCAGAUUUAAAAGUAAAAUUAAUCUCUUGUCAACACAUUUAGGACUGGGACCAGUCGAAAAGACGUGAUUUCUGAACCGAGAGCGAUGCACACAGGUGCUGUUAAACCAAAACUGUGAAGCUUUCUGGGAUCGAGAGCUUAUGGGAUAUAUCGACAACAUCAUGUCGACCGUCUCACAGAUGCUUCAUGGACCUUGUGAUCCGAUUUCUGCAAGACUGUGACAGGAUUGUCCUGCCCCAUAACCGACGCCGCUCAACUUUAAAAGGAAAGCAAUUCAUUACUGGCUGACGUAAGCACACACACACAUACAGCCAGCAGGCCUAUCGCCUACAACCUGUUAGCUAGAGGUCUCGACGAGACUCCCUCUACCUCGUGUGCUGCUGGACUGCUGGCGAUGACACAAUAGGAUGGAAGCCGCUAGCCUGCUAGCUCUGAAGUGAACAGAUUUUGACAGACCGUGACGUUGAGCAACAUUUCCCGAGAUUAUGCUGAGCAUCCUUGCAGCUGGCUCCAUAUUCUUCCCCGGCCUUUUCCUACUGUCUAAACGAUUCCUGAAACAUGGUCCUGGGCUCAGAUGGAGCGAGAAGGAUGCUGUCAUUGUCUCGUCCAGACUGGUGUCCUCCAUUCAAGCCAUUAUGGCAUCCUCUGCUGGGUACAUCAUCGCCUGUUCUUGUAAAGACAUCAUUGAGGACCAGCAUUGGCUCACCAGCAGCUAUAUCCUCUUUGCGGUCCCCUACUUCAUCUAUGACAUCUAUGCCAUGUUCUUGUGCUACUGGUACAAACUUCAGGUCAAGGAUCACGAGGAGGAUAGCGAGGCCAAACCGAUGAGGUCAGCCAUCAGCGGCUAUCUGCGCCGAGAGUUCCUCAUGGUCUUGCACCAUGUCGUCAUGGUUACUGUCUGUUUCCCUGUCUCCGUGUUCUGGAGACAGGGCAAAGGGGAUUAUUUCCAGGGUGUGAUGUUCCUGGCAGAACUCAGCACCCCGUCUGUCUGUCUGGGAAAAAUACUCAUCCAGUACAAGCAACAGCACACUCUCCUACAUAAAGUCAAUGGAGCUCUUAUGCUGGUCACUUUCUUCAUCUGCAGAGUUCUUCUCUUCCCCUACCUCUACUACGCCUACGGCAGGUACGCAUCCAUCCCCUUCUACAUGGUGCCGCUGUCUGUGCCCUGGCAGUAUAACGCAGGUGCAGCUUUGCUCAUGGCCCCGCAGGUUUACUGGUUUUCCCUCAUCUGCAGGGGUGCCUUCCGCCUCUUCACCAGAGCCUCACGGCACAAAGCGGCCAAUAGCAGCACAGACUCUGAGCCGAAAACCUCACUCCAGCCCCCUGCCAAUGGAUACAGCCCAAGAGAGACUGACUCGCACUGAGAGAGGGGUAGAAAUAGAGAUGUAGGUGCAGGGUUGUUAGGUUUAGGCCAAUAGGAAACAGAAGGCAGAUGGGUGGAUCUUUCUUUGACCCUGCAGCGUCGGUCCGCAGGCAAAGAAACCGAAGCUGUGUACCCUCACUAUUCACCACCAUCCUCUCUUUGAGAAGAAAAAUAAGACUUCAGACCAAACCAAACAGAUUAUUUUCUCUCUAACAUGCACAUCCUCUGUGUCAGAGCAGUAGGUUGGAGAAAUGUCAUCUGCUGCUUUGCAGGGUUUGUGUGUCAUUUGUAAAUUACCAUGGUCAAAAGCUUCAGAAAAAGGGACUGAUGUGGACGAAGCAGGAACAGUAUUUAAAAUGAGUGAUGGAUAGUAGGAUUGAAAGAUCCCUCCUGUUCUCCUCUCUCGAGUAUCUCUUGUCUCUUUGUUUGUUACAGUUGCAUAGAGGAUACGAAAAAGGGAACAGAAAUUUCUCUGUCAAUUUGUAUAUACAUUUUUAUUAAUAUUUGUGUUGAAUUCCAAAUAGAUUUUGAAUUUAUUUUAGAUUUUUCUAGAAUCUUUAUUUAUUUAGUUCUAUUCCUCAUUAAGGGUGGAUAAGUUUAAAGCAAAGCCAUUAAACUGCUACUAAAAGAGUGAAAACCGAAGUUGUUUGAUUCGAAACAACCCCUCAGAUGCAUGGCUUAUUCCCAGUUAUCCAUCUCUCCUUUUUUCCCAUGCCUGGUUCUCAUCACAGCUGAAAACAAGAUGGCAGCGGCUGCAUCCAGUUAGUGAAUCAGCAGUUAUAAAGGGGGGUCAUUUAAAGGAUUUGGAUGAGGCUGAGCUAAUGCAUUAGCAUAUCUCUGCUGCAGUGCUCCAAUCCUUUUAAGAUCCAGAUGUCGGAUGGAGGGGGAAGGGACCGAACUGCCCAUUGAAACGCUGCACUUGAAAACCAGGCUGAAGUUGACAAGGAACACGGACGAACCUGAGCCAAUCGUUUUUUUGUGAGGGUUUAGACUGCAAGCAUAAUGGCCCUCACUAUCCUCUUAGUAGAUCCACACCACAAUAUGGAGUCCACACUGAUUGUAAUCUGCACAUUAAAUGGAAAACAACUGUGUUCUUUCUCUAAGCUGACAAGAUGUUUAUCCGCUUCUCGAGCUGUCAGCCUUUGUUUCUGUCCAGAUAUUUAGGAGGUCCACUGAUGACGUGUUGUCACCAAUUAGUCCUCACUUUUAUGGUCAAAGUGUCAUUGGUGUAACAACGUUGUCACGCGCCUCCGUUAGGCCUGCUUGUUUUGCCAUACUCACAAACAGGACUGCCAGUUUGAUGCUAAACAGUAUUAUUAGGUGUUGAAGUGAGAGGAUGGAACACAAGUUCAAAGUUUCAAAGAGUGAAACUUGCACUGAAUUAUCACAAGGAGGGCCGCUAAAUAAACAUUCAAGUCUGUGAGAUACUUUAAAAGCACUGCGUAGGCGGCUCUGUCUUGGAUUUAGUUCUGGACCACUAUAAUUGAAAUCUUAUAGGUUAGUCAUGUUUCUGUUAACUUAUUAGAAUGGUUUUUAUUUUUCUGCUUUACAGAUAGUGUGCUCAAAGGCAUCAAUGUAGCUAGAGAAAAGAAGCUUUUAACAUGCUCUUUACACAAAGUACUACUGUAUUGUUUUACACUGGGGCAUCACAUCACUAACUCAAAGGGACUGCCCAGUGCUGGGCAUGAAUAGGGCCAGUAUUUUCAACUAUAGCAAAGUAUACUGGUGUGGGAACUGGUUAAAAUAUUUUGAGCUAGGAAUGAAGUUUGUCUUCUGACUUUGUUUUUAUGUAAUACUUACUGUUAAUUUAUUCUUAUUUAUGUAUUUAUUUGGCCAAUUCUGAAUGUACAUAUGAAUACACAUCUAAAUGUUCUUCUGAGUGGGCUUCUGUUUAUCUAGUUGCCUGAAGACUGUUCUGUAAUUAUGAUUCUUUCAGCUGAAAUAUACUCUUGCUCUCUC